CAGAUUCCCUGCUCUUUAGCCGGCAAAGCUCUAAAUAAUUCGAGAAAGUACUCCCCCCUUCACUUUCACUCCUCCCAUCAGGUAGCAGGAAAGACACACAAACGCGGAAACCUUCUCUGGUAAAGACCUGAGAGUCAGUGCGUGUCUGAUUUUCUUUUUUUACCAACCCUGACCUCCGGAGACCUCGGCCAAGAGGACACCUGAGACACGUGGGGUAUUUUUCUAUCUCUCCAAAACUGAUUGGCGUUGUGCUGUUACCUGCCUCUUGACAAACAAUAGGACCCCUCAAUCAAGGAGGGUGGAGAGGAGGAUCUAGAAUAGGUAACAGAGCACCUUAAGGCCUUCAUGAAACUUUGAUGAGCGUCCACCUGGAAGUUGGAGCAGCGGUGGUCAUCUCGAGAAACGGAGGAUCACAGACCCCAGCCCAUCUCUGCAGAGGAGCAAAUUAUCCCCAAGCAGGAUAAUGUGAGCCAUGCUUUGCUACAGAGGUGAUGUCCUCCUCGCUCUCUUCGUCUGUCCCCUCGCCUGCCUCCCCGUGUCCCCGUGUCCCCCCGGCUGCUGCUGCCCCGGCCCGGGCUUCCUGGUCCUGUGCGAGUCGCUGGGCCUGCGGUCGCUCCCUCGCUCCGUCCCCCUCGGCACCUCCGCCCUGUCCGUGGCCAGGAACCGGCUCUGCAACGUGGACCACCUCCUGCGGGCCUUCUCCGGCCUGCAGGAGCUCAGCCUCAGCCACAACCUGCUGGCCCGCUUCCCCCGCGGCCUGCCCCCCAGCCUGGAGUCCCUGCUGCUGCAGGAGAACCGCAUCACUUACAUCACCUCGGGGGCCCUCAGGCAGCUGAGGAACCUCACCCGCCUCCACCUGGAGGACAACCGCAUCCGUGCCAUCCAGCCCGGGGCGCUGCUGGGUCUGCAGCAGCUGCGCGUGCUGACGCUGAAGGGGAACCAGCUGACGCGCCUCCCCGCGAACCUCCCGCCGUCGCUGACACGCCUGGACCUGUCGGAGAACUGCAUCUCCUCCCUGGAGCUGCCCUCCCUCGCCGCUCUGGUCAACCUGCAGGUCCUGCAGAUCAACAGCAACUGCCUGCGCACGGUGCCGGAGAGCACCUUCGACAGCCUGCCGCGCCUCCGGUCCGUGGACCUGACCGACAACCUGUGGGCGUGCGAGUGCGACAUCCUGUACCUGUACCGCUGGCUGCUGAGCGGCGGGCUGGACGUGGCUACGGACCUGGUGUGCAAAGAGCCCGUCCACCUCGCUCACCGCCUGCUGCUGGACCUCUCCGUCGUCUCCAUCUGUCCACGCGUCCUGAGGCCAAACGACGAGGCGAGCCCGCGCAGCUCUGCCAAGGCGGUGGAAACGUCGCGUCCACACGGAAACGAGGGCAACUUGUUGCAGAAGAUAUCAGAGCCCGCUAUUAGCAAAGCGCAAAACGCCGCCGCUCCUCCCAGGCCUCGGGUUUUACCCUACACCCUGGAGGCUCUCACCUAUGAGGAGUGUCUAUCCCUCAGCGCGUCUCCUCCGCCUGUCGGCCCCACCGACCCGAGAGCUACGCCUUUUCCUGAGGAGGACCAGAGAUGCAGCGAGAACGCCACAGCUCCUCGCCCCCAGAGCAACGCGUCCUCCGCCGCAGGAACGCCACCGGCCCCGCCCACCGGCAGGGAGGAGGACCCCCCGCCCACCGCGGACCCCCGGAUGCUCGCCCACAGAGACUCGGCGGCCAUCGUGUCGCUGCUCGCCGUGCUGUGCGUUCUGUUGGUCUUCGUGCUGCUGGCGGUGCUGAUCGUGCUGAAAAAGGUUCUGGUGCGGCAGCAGAGGGUGGCGCCCGCUAGUGAGAGACCUGCUGGAUGAAAUCUUAUACAAGCUUUAUAUAUAUAAAAAAAA